AGGAGAACAGAGGAACAUGAAUUCAUCCUUUCUCAGUGUCUCCCUGCUCUUCAUCAGCCUCUACACAGCAGAUGGGUUUCGAACUUAUGAUCUGGCCUAUUGUGACUUUAACUCCUCUGAUCUGAACGACGUCGAGUACAUCAGGUCUCUAUAUUACAACAAGUUUGAGUACAUCAGGUACAGCAGCAGUUUGGGGAAGUGUGUUGGAUACACUGAGUACGGAGUGAAGAAUGCAGAGCACUUCAACAAAGAUGCUUCAUUACUGGCUGGGCUGAGAGCUGAGAAGGAGACGUUCUGCAAAAACAACAUUGAUAUUUACUACCAGGCUGUUCUGACUAAAUCAGUUGAGCCGUAUGUCAGACUGCGCUCUACGGCGCCCUCUGGUGGUAAACAUUCAGCCAUGUUGGUCUGCAGCGUCUACAACUUCUACCCCAAAAAGAUCAGAGUGAGCUGGACCAGAGACGGACAGGAAGUCACCUCUGAUGUCACUUCCACUGAUGAGUUGGCAGACGGUGAUUGGUACUACCAGAUCCACUCUCACCUGGAGUACAGUCCAGGUGACAGGUCUGGAGAGAAGAUCUCCUGUAUGGUGGAACACGCCAGCCUGAGAGAAACUCUGAUUACUGACUGGGACCCGUCCAUGCCUGUGUCUGAGAGGAACAAGAUUGCCAUCGGAGCCUCAGGACUGAUCCUGGGUCUGGUCUUGUCUCUGGCUGGAUUCAUCUACUACAAGAGGAAGGCCCGAGGACGGAUUCUGGUUCCCAGUACCUGAUUCUGGACCUGGUUCUGGUCCUGUAGCUGUUUGUCAGAUGGAAUAAAAAGCUGCAGCUGCUUCAACCUGCUUCGUGUGUUUUCAGCUCAGCAGACUGUCGGUGCUGCCAGCUGCUGGACCGACUCAACUCCUGAUUCUCUGAUAAUCUGGACUCUGAUACUCAGCUGGUCUGAACCCUGAUCCAGGACUGUGGUGUUAACUCUGAGAGUCCUACACCA